GAUAAAAUAUUUUGUCUAGUCUUUUAAGUUGCCUUUCACCGGAUAUAGGGGCGGGGCGAAGAAUUCCUCCGUCAUCAACACAGAACUGAAUGAACUUCCGGUAUAUGUAAGGUAAUGUAAACAUAUGUUUGAUGGACGUUGAUUCAAGCGUCAUGUCGUUCAGCAUUGCUCGAAAUUUUCUGGCACCAGCACUUGUUCUAGUUCUCAUAGAGGUGAUAUCUCAUGCACAUGCAGAUAAGAGUUUUGAAGAUGUGCGUUGCAAAUGCAUCUGUCCACCCUACCGAAAUAUCAGUGGACAUAUCUACAAUAGGAAUGUAUCCCAGAAAGACUGUAACUGUCUGCAUGUGGUGGAGCCCAUGCCAGUGCCUGGCCAUGAUGUGGAGGCCUACUGCCUGCUCUGUGAGUGCAAGUAUGAAGAACGAAGCAGCAAUACUAUCAAGGUGACCAUUAUCAUCUACUUGUCAGUGGUAGGAGCUCUUCUGCUCUACAUGCUUUUCCUGCUUCUAGUUGAUCCUCUGAUCCGCAAACAUAAUCCCUACACCAUGCCACUGCAAAACGAGGAGGAUACAGAGGAUGUUAGGCCUCAUGUGGAUGGUUCUCAGGGCCGUGGAAACACAGUGCUCGAGAGGGUAGAGGGAGCACAGCAGCGCUGGAAGAAACAGGUCCAGGAGCAACGCAAGACCGUGUUUGACCGCCAUAAGCUGCUCAGCUAAGCCAUCAAGCUGAGUCAGGCACUGGGGGAAAAAGGGUAGACUGCGCACCAUUGACAAAGAUAACAUGCAUGAUGGUCUUAGAAUUUCAAUUUUAUGAUUAUAUCUUUGUCUUGAAGUCUUAUAAUCUUUUAAAGGCUAAUUUGGUUGUAUUCCACCUUCAUAUUGAAGCUUGAGCUAUGAAAGCAGAAAGCAACAUGUUUAAGUUGUUUAGAAUGCUAUUGUUGUUGACUUGCCAUUAACUUGGACAUAAAUGAAAGGAAUCAGCAAUCUCCACUUUGUCUCACUCCAAUGAUCACCUUUACAUUUCUUACCUAAUAACUUGAAUUUGUGACUGCUGUCCCUACUGUGCUUUGAAGUUACUUUGCAAAGGAAGAGAUUGCUGUGAAAAGCAGUGUAAUUUGGAAACACUGAUGUGAAACUGUAGAUAAUCUUAAAUAGUUGCACUUAUGAAUGUUUAGAAUGUCAUUGCACUUGUAGUUUCACUAUAAUUUACCAAGAAGAUGUAUAGAAUGAGACCAUUAUUGAUUAUUGGGUGUGUUUUUCUUAUAUAUAUAUAUAUAUAUAUAUAUAUAUAUAUAUAUAUAUAUAUAUAUAUAUAUUGUUUACUAAUUUAUGGAUGGCACAUCUCACAAUCAUAUAUCUUCAAAGACAUAUUGUAAUGUUGACCUAUUGUAAUAACCUAACUUACAAAUGUAUAUAUUCUUCAUAAUAGUAAUGGUAAUAAGCUUAUAGUUCUUAUUGGUCACUACCUUGAAACUAUUCAAUCAUACUAUAAAAAUAUGCUAUUUUUGCUAUUUUCUCUCUUUUGCAAACAUCCAAAAACACUGCACCUCUAAAUAUGUUUUAUAACUGUCUUUGCUUGACUAUCAUAUUUGUUGCUGAUAUUUGAAUGACUUGCAGCUGUUUUACAUCUGAAAAAUCCUUGCUUAUGUGAAAAUGUACUACAAUAUUAAAUGUAUUGAAUAUUGUCAA